GAUGUCCCUGGCGCUGGGAGCUGGGAAUGGGGGAAAGGGCUAGCUUGAACCCUGGCAAAAAAGAAGGGAAGGGAUGCCAGGCAAAAGGGGUGAAUGGAGAAGAGCUACAGGGAGGAGCUGGGGCUGGUGAACGCAGGGGUCUAAGGAGUCUGGGGGCACGAAGCUGAGGGGCAGGGCGCGGGAGCUGGCCUUGGACCAGGGCAGGUGAGGCAAAGGGUGGAGGGCAGAGGGGAGCAACCGUGGAGCAGGGGCGGGGACGGAUGCUCCCCCCGUGUGUCUGCUGCUCCGACACUAAAGGAGAUGGAUGGGGUAAGGGAAACGCAGCGCGCGUGGCCCCGGGCGGCUCAUCGCUCAGCCGCCGCCCCCGCAGCGGAGAGGUCGGGGCGGGGGUCCGGCCGCAGAUAAAGGCGAGCGGGGGACAAGGGCGGCCGCGGCAGCAGCAUGAGCGGGACAGACCUGAGUCACGCUGCGGGCGCGGCCCCCGACUUAGACCCGGGCCGGGCGGCAGUCGCCUCGGCCUACCAGCGCUUCGAGCCCCGCGCCUACCUCCGCAACAACUACGCGCCCCCUCGGGGGGACCUGAGCGGCCCCGACGGCGUCGGGCCUUGGAAGCUGCGCUGCUUGGCGCAGACCUUCGCCACCGGUGAGGUGUCUGGACGCACCCUCAUUGACAUUGGUUCAGGCCCCACUAUCUACCAGCUGCUCAGCGCCUGUGCCCACUUUGAGGACAUCACGAUGACAGAUUUCUUGGAGGUGAACCGCCAGGAGCUGGGGCUCUGGCUGCGAGACGAGCCUGGGGCCUUCGACUGGAGCGUGUACAGCCAGCAUGUCUGUCUCAUCGAGGGCAAGGGUGAAUCCUGCCAAGAGAAGGAGUGCCAGCUGAGAGCCAGGGUGAAGCGGAUCCUGCCCAUCGACGUGCACCAGCCCCAGCCCCUGGGCGCUGGGAGCCUGGCGCCCCUGCCUGCCGAUGCCCUGGUCUCCGCCUUCUGCCUAGAGGCUGUGAGUCCGGACCUUGCCAGCUUCCAGCGGGCCCUGGACCACAUCACUACACUGCUGAGGCCCGGGGGGCACCUCCUCCUCAUCGGGGCCCUGGAGGAGUCAUGGUACCUGGCUGGGGAGGCCAGGCUGGCAGUGGCGCCAGUGCGUGAGGAGGAGGUGAGGGAGGCCCUGGUGCGUAGCGGCUAUGAGGUGAGGGAUCUGCGUACCUACAUCAUGCCUUCCCACCUUCGGACAGGCGUAGAUGAUGUCAAGGGCAUCUUCUUCGCCUGGGCCCAGAAGAAGGUGGGGGUGUGAGGCCCCAGUGCAUACAGUGUCGGCGGCCCUCACCCACCUAGAUUCCCUGUUAUCUGAGGUGGCACCUAAUAAAGAAAUAAGUCCGU